AUGAAAAGAGAUAGACCUUUAUCACCUUCCGAUUUGAUAACACUUCCAAACAAAAAAAGGAAAGUUGAGAAAGCUCCUAUCUUGAAUCAAAAUAAAAGUAUAUUUGGAUCAGGAACAAAAUAUGCUGGGAAUUCGUUUGCCAAUAUAAGCUCACGAAGACAAAAUAUUUUUGACGAGCAACCUUCGAAACAGAAAGAUGAUAAAGGAGAGAGUGAUAAGGAAACACAAAAUUCAGUAAAAGAGCAAGAAGUAUUAACGGGAGAAGAGGAUGAAGUUACACGACAUAUAGUGCGAGCGAAAUUAUAUUGCUUGGAAGGGCAAUGGAAAGAAAGAGGAGUUGGUUUUUUAAAACUUAAUUAUCCAAAAAACAACAAAAAAUCACCACGUUUAGUGAUGCGUAAUGACAACAUAUUUAGAGUAAUUUUAAACAUAACAUUAUUUCACAAAAUGCAUAUUGAAAGACAGGAAAAAUUUGUUAGGUUGUUCGCAUAUGAGGGGGAUAUACUCGUUCAUCUUGCAAUUAAGCUAUCUAAUUCAAAAGCAGCUGACGAGUUAUAUAAUGCAAUAAUGGAUGCAAUUCCUCCGGCCCGAAAUUAA